ACGACACCUAAACGCAUUUACUUGUCUAUACUUUCCUAUCUCUCAUCUCUACCUACUUAUUACAAGCAGGCACUCCAGACUCGCAAGCUGGUGAAAGAGGAUUCAGGUUUAAAUACGCUUAUGCUCUGCAGACAAUGGGGGAAGACGGGGGAACAGUCACGGGCCCCAAGAGGUCUGGGACUGCGACUCUACUCCCUACGCCUACCCCUCAACACUACCACCAUUGUAUAUAGUUAA